CGCCGGGAAUUGUAGUUUGCGUAAGGGGCCUCCCCCGCUCUUCCCGUCCAGCCUACAGAGCAGAAACUACAUCUCCCAGAAGCCCGCGGAACAGACCCGGGAGAACUACUAUUCCCAGGAGAUACCCCGGAGGCGCGCACGCUCGCUUGUUGCCCUCCUGUUGGGGGCGGAGUCAGGUCGAGCGGAGUUGGGUUCUCCUCUCCACGCCCCGGCUCCGUCUCCCAACUCUGCCCUGUGAUUGGUGGUUAAGCCAGCCCACCCCCUUCUCUAUUGGUCGAGCGGCCGUCGCUCUCCCUGCCGGGGAGUCGCCUACGCCUACUUCCUCCCGGGAGGAGGGGCUCGAGUUCCGCGUCGUCGCGCAGAGCUGACUCUGGGAGGCGUUUGGGCCCAGAGAAGUGGGUUCGUCGCUUGCGCCGCAUGGAGUCCGAAUCGGAAAGCGGGGCCACCGCUGACACCCCUCCACUGGAGACCCUAAGCUUCCAUGGUGAUGAAGAGAUUAUCGAGGUGGUAGAACUGGAUCCCGGUCCGCCGGACCCGGCAGACGAUCUGGCCCAGGAGAUGGAAGAUGUGGACUUUGAGGAAGAGGAAGAGGAAGAUGGCAAUGAGGAGGGCUGGGUUCUGGAACCCCAGGAAGGGGUGGUCGGCAGCAUGGAGGGCCCAGACGAUAGCGAAGUCACCUUUGCAUUGCACUCGGACCCCAGACUGGUGGCAUCCCAUGCUGAGAAUUCAUCUGUGUUUUGUGUGAGCCUGGACCCCAAGACCAACACCUUGGCAGUGACAGGGGGCGAAGAUGACAAAGCCUUUGUGUGGAGGCUCAGCGACGGGGAACUGCUCUUUGAGUGUGCAGGCCACAAAGACUCUGUGACCUGUGCUGCUUUCAGCCACGACUCUACCCUGGUGGCCACAGGGGACAUGAGUGGCCUCUUAAAAGUGUGGCAGGUGGACACCAAGGAGGAGGUCUGGUCCUUUGAAGCAGGAGAUCUGGAGUGGAUGGAGUGGCACUCUCGGGCACCUGUCCUACUGGCGGGCACGGCUGACGGCAACACCUGGAUGUGGAAGGUCCCGAAUGGUGACUGCAAGACCUUCCAGGGCCCCAACUGCCCAGCCACCUGUGGCCGAGUCCUCCCUGAUGGGAAGCGAGCUGUGGUCGGCUAUGAAGAUGGUACCAUCCGGGUUUGGGACCUGAAGCAGGGAAACUCUAUCCAUGUACUAAAAGGGACCGAGGGUCACCAAGGCCCUCUGACCUGUGUUGCCACCAACCAGGACGGCAGCCUGAUCCUCACUGGCUCUGUGGACUGCCAGGCCAAGCUGGUCAGUGCCACCACCGGCAAGGUGGUGGGCGUUUUCAGACCCGAGACCGUGGCCUCCCAGCCCAAUCUGGGAGAAGGGGAGGAGAGCGAGUCCAACUCCGUGGAGUCCUUGGGCUUUUGCAGUGUGAUGCCUCUGGCAGCUGUUGGCUACCUGGAUGGGACCUUGGCCAUCUAUGACCUGUCUACGCAGACCCUCAGGCACCAGUGUCAGCACCAGUCGGGCAUCGUGCAGCUGCUGUGGGAGGCAGGCACCGCCGUGGUUUACACUUGCAGCCUGGAUGGCAUUGUGCGCCUCUGGGACGCUCGGACCGGCCGCCUGCUUACUGACUACCGGGGCCACACGGCCGAGAUCCUGGACUUUGCUCUCAGCAAAGAUGCCUCCCUGGUGGUGACCACGUCAGGAGACCACAAAGCAAAAGUAUUUUGUGUCCAGAGGCCUGACCGCUAACAGCUGCAGCCUCUGCUUUGUGUCUGGUGUGGAGGGGGCACAGAGAUCCCCAUCAGCAGAGGCGGUAGGGUAGGAGGGAAGAGGAGGGGACGGGCCUCGGACUCACUUUCCAACCACUUCAAACUGACUUGCCCCCUCUCUGUCCCUUUCUUCUCUUAAGAGUCCCACCCCUCGGGCCCCUCCUUCCCGCCCUCUCCCUCGUAGUCCUCGCCCAGACCUGGCACGCCCUUCAGAGGGAGGUUCAGACCUCUUUCUCUUUCACUUCCUUUGCUGGUGUGAGCCAUGGGGGUGUGUAUUUGUAUGUGGGGAGUAGGUCUUCGAAGUUCCCGCUCUUUCCCUUCCCAAGUCUCUGGGGGCGGAAAGGAGGAAGAGAUAUUAGUUAACAGAUUUUAAAAAUGUAAAUAAAAUAUACUUCCCAGA